GGGUAGAAAAUGAGAGUGUACCUGGGGUGUACAAGUAUAUAUAAAUAGAGAGAGAGAGAGAGAGAUUCAACAGGCACCCAACAGAGACGUUUGGGGCCCUCUCAAGUCUCAUCACAUCAUCUGGGUGUCUUUUUCUACCUUCUCUUUUUUGUUUUUUGGUUCUUUUUGGUCCCCAUCUUUAAUGUCACAACGUGAAAGUGGUGGCGAUGGGAGUAGAAGGAUCAGGAGAAGGAGAAGAGGCCGCGAAAUCGAAGGCCCUUCCUCCCCACCUCGCCCGCUUCUCGCCGGUAACAAUGGUGUCUGGCCGGAGCCUUUCCUAGAAGCCCUUGCUACCCACCUUGCCAUCGACGCUGCCGGUACCGCCGGCCGCCUCGCAGCCGCCGUCGCCCUCGCCAACCUCUUUCAGGUGUGCUCUACGUGGCGAGCAGUCUCGCGUUCAGACCGGUUAUGGCGACGUCUCACUCGGCGCAUCUGGGCCCGUCAGCGUCUCAUGCACGACACGUGGCAGGACGAAUACAUUUCCUGUCAUCGAACAGCCAGCAACUUCCGCACGGGAAGAUACCAGCACACUCUCCUCCAUUUCGACACCUCCGACGUCGACGAUCCCGUUGGCCUCAUAUGCCGCUGCCUUGCUGUCUCCGACACUCACCUCGCAUCCGGGUUCGCCGACGGCACCGUCCGUCUCUUCCUCCUGCAAACUCGCCUCCACGUCGCCACCUUCCGCCCCAACCACCGCGACCGCCUCGGCCCUUUUUCACGCGCCGUCUCCGGCAUUAUCCUCUCCGACACGCGCCUCGUAUUCGCCUCGCUCGACGGAGAUGUGCAUGUCGCCGCCAUCAACGAAGUCGCCCCUCCGCGGCGGGCCGUCUUUGGCGACGUCUUCGCCGAUGGCGCGUUGGUAGACUUCGCAGGCUGCAAUCGGUGGUGGGUGGGUCUCUACGCCGGCGUGCCAGGCCGCGCCUUCCACGUAUGGGACGGCGUCUCCGAAGAGCCCAUAUACGUCGGGGGCUCGCUCACAGACCCGGACGCGGUCAUGGGUUGGCACCUACUCACCGAGUUGACGGAGUUCGUGGGCCGAGUCCGAGUCGUGAGUCGGGACACGGCCGUUGCGGGCACAAGUCGCGGGAUCGUAGUUUUCGAUUUGACGAACCAGGGGAUUGUGCUGAGGGAUGAUGAGGCGUAUCCCAGAGGGCUCAUCGUGCCCUCCGUCGAUGCUAGCAACGGGGCGUACGUGGCUGUGGAUGGUCGCGGGUUGGCUAGGGUGCGCCGUGUGGACGUAUUAGUGGAGAUAUGCAGGUUUCCGGUGGGGGGUGGGCCACGGAGGGGGUUGAUGGUGAUGGGGUGCAUGAACGGGGGAUACGUGCUAAUGUGCGCCGGGGGCGUCAUAAGAGUGUGGAACAGAGAGGUUGAGCAUGGGGAGUAUCUGUACAGCUUCGUGGAGAGGAUAGGGCAGCCAAAUGCCAUGGUGGCAAAUGACCGGCACGUGGCAGCAAGCUGCGUCGACACGUCGUUACACCUGUGGGAUUUUGGAGCCCAGGGUGAGUAGGAGAUGAGAUGUAGGUCCUAACGUAGAUAGCAUGGGGUCCAGGAUGCGUGAUUGGGAAAAGACGACAAUGGCUUGAUUUUUAAAUAUAUUUAUUUAUUUUGAUUCUGUAGAGGAGAAAAAGAAAAAGAAAAAGAAAAAUGAAACUUGCGGGGGAGGGAGGGUGAUGAUGGCAGUGAUGGGACGUGCGGGUGAGAAAAGCUUCUGGGGUUCAGGUAUGGAGCGGACUGACUUCAACCAUGUACUUUGACUAGAUGGAGUAGAUGAUGAUUUGAUGGGGAUCUCUGAUUGGAUCGGAUCUGAUCUGAUCUGAUCUGACGGUGGGGAUGGGGGUGUGGCAUGCUACGAUGGUCGAGAGGACCUUUUCGGUUGAAAAUUUGUUGACCCAGUGGGGGGGUUUGUGACCAAAAAGGCUUUUGGCUUUACAUAAUUUGUACGCCCGAAGCUGUAGACUACUGUAGUGUGGAAGGAUUGGGGUUUGCCGGUUGGGGUAGAUGAUCAAUUUCUGCCGGAACUCUCCCAUCUGUACUUUUCGCGCAUUGUCUUUUUAAUCUAAAUGGGUUCUUUCUCUGAUGAGUACCUCCAACGUUUUGGCAGGGAUGCUAUCUAGGGGUAGGGGCUAGGGUAUUAUGGAUUGCAGCAGGAGCUCGUCCACCUUUUUCUCUUUUCUUAUUAAUUCUUAUUUGUCUGUAGUUCUUCUAGUACUUUCUUAUUUUAAAAUUUGAAUUUAAAUUUUUAUGAAUUUCUAAAAAAGUAAUAUUUUUAUAUUA